AUGUCCAACGGCACCUCCUUCACUGCAACUCCUUUUAGUGUGGACGAACUGCCCUCCAGUCACUUUGAUCAAAGUAUGUUUGAGAACUCCACUGCCCAGCAGCAGAGUCCUCAGACCUCAAGGCCGGGCCAGCCCUCAACCCGACGCUCCGCAGCAUCAGCUAAUCAUAACCUGGGGUCCAGCUCUGUGGACUCUCCAUCAUCUGGUGGCCAACAGAGGCUUAAAAAUGCCAUUAAUCUGGGCAAGGCUGUCGGCGCAAAGGUCAAUGACUUGUUAAGAAGAAAGGAGCCCAGUCACCUCGGAGACAUCGGGGUCACUGAGGUCAACAAGAACGUUGAUUCUGUGUGGAGCUGUAUGGACCAACUCAAUCAGACCACUGCAAACAGUCACAUCUCCUCCUUUGACUCCUUCCCCCGGCUGGACCCACCACCCCCAUCGGGGAAGAAGCGCCUCCCGCGGGCCCUGAAGACCACACAGGACAUGAUGAUCUCCUCCGACCCCGUGGUCUCCUCUCCGGACCCUGCUGACUCUUCCUCCUUCCCCUCGUCUCCUGACAAGACGCCUCUCAUCGCCAAGGAGGAGCCGAGGAACAGCGAGGAGCAGCAGCAGGCCGUGAAGGAGGUCGAGGGAUCAGAAGAGCUCACAUUGCCUCCAGGCCCAGCAGAGAAGAAAUCUGCUGCUGAUUGUUGGGAGACGACAGGAAGCAACGGCAAAGUUGAUGAAGUGAUAGGUGAAGAAGAAGAUGUAGUGGAAAAUGGGAGCAAUGGAGGAGGUGAAGAGAAACAUCAGUCCCAGCUGCAGCUCUCUGUGCCAGACCUCAUCAACAAAGAUCCCCCCCUGGAGCCCAGAGUUAAGCCCUCCGACGUGUGGCAGAAGGCACCGGGGCCGGACUCACGGCUGGCCUCCACCCCCGCUCGGGGAAAACUUCCUGCCGCAUCAGCCUGGGCGAGGAUAUCCUGCUGGGUAACGGCGCCCCCUACAGUAAAGGCACCGGAGUGA